AACAAAAAAUUUAAGAUGAACGUGGUGACGUAAAAAGUGCCGUCGCGACCAGGAAGUGACGUCGCGGCCUCCGUCAGACUGUUGAUGUUGUGGACUGGUCGGCCGGAGAACGGGAAGACGGAGACGCGUUUUGUUUUUGUUCAACUAAACCGUCGAAAAGGAGCCGAGUCGUCGCUUCUGUCGUCCGUUUCGGUUCGCUAAGAGCCUUAGCUCGGUGAUUAGAGCCAAACGGCCGGGCCGGAGGGCGAAUACACCGAGACAUUUGAUCUAGAAAGGGAGGACUCUUCACCCUCUGACCCCCUCCCUGCCUCCCUCACACGCUCACCACCAUGACGAUUCUCCCGAAGAAGAAGCCCAGCUCGGGGGUCGGCGUUUCGGACCACGCCGAUGACAGCGAUCGUCGGAGCGGCUCCGACCCGCACCAACACCCGCACCCACACGCAGGGAGGACCGGAGCUCGGCCGAGGGCUUCACCUCCGCCGUGGUCCUACCAGCCCGCUCCGCCCUCCACCAGGGACGACAGGCGGAGCAUCGAGGCGAGCUCCCGGCCGCAGCAGGCCUCUCCGCCGCCCGUCGGCUCGGUGUCCCCCGUAGGACCAGGAGACGGUCGGGACAGCAGCGGCGGGAUGGUGGCCGGGACGCGCGGGGAGCUCGUCGUGUCGGCCGGCGUCGUCGGAUGCGGUGGAGGUAUCGGCAGCUGCUGCUCUGGGCCCGGACUGAGCAAGAGACGGCGGCAGGCAGGCACCUGCUCCGGUGGGGUGGUGGCGGCUCUGGCCGGCGGAGGCCAACCCGGGGUAACCGGACCGGGAGUAGUGGGGUCCAGCCAGGAUACGGAGGAAGGAGCCGGGAACAACAGCGAGGACGAGUAUGAGAACGCCGCCCGGCUGCAGUCCAUGGACCCGGCUACCGUGGAGCAGCAGGAGCACUGGUUUGAAAAAGCUCUGAGGGAGAAGAAAGGCUUUGUCAUCAAGAAGAUGAAGGAGGACGGAGCGUGUCUGUUCAGAGCCGUGGCUGAUCAGGUGUAUGGAGAUCAAGAUAUGCAUGAAGUGGUCAGGAAACACUGUAUGGAUUACCUGAUGAAGAACGCCGACUAUUUCUCCAACUACGUGACAGAGGACUUUACCACAUACAUCAACAGGAAGAGGAAAAACAAUUGCCAUGGCAACCACAUCGAGAUGCAGGCCAUGGCUGAGAUGUACAACAGACCGGUGGAGGUGUACCAGUACAGCACAGAGCCAAUCAACACGUUCCAUGGCAUCCACCAGAACAACGACGAGCCAAUCAGAGUGAGCUACCACCGCAACAUCCACUAUAACUCUGUGGUGAACCCCAACAAGGCCACGAUCGGCGUGGGACUGGGACUGCCCGCCUUCAAACCAGGGUAUGCAGAGCAGUCUCUGAUGAAAUCAGCCAUCAAGACGUCAGAGGAGUCGUGGAUCGAGCAGCAGAUGUUGGAGGACAAGAAGAGAGCGACGGACUGGGAGGCCACCAACGAGGCCAUCGAGGAGCAGGUGGCCCGGGAGUCUUACCUGCAGUGGCUGCAGGACCAGGAGAAACAGGCCAGACAGCCCCGUAAGGCAAGUGCCACCUGCAGCUCGGCGACGGCAGCGGCUUCCAGUGGGUUGGAUGACUGGAGCGCCCGGUCGCCACGGCAACGCGACUCAGACCCCUCCCACUCCGACCUCACAACCACCCCAUCGACCAACAACAAGCCCCCCUCCCCCGCUGGAGCCGCCCUCAUCCUGAGCAAACCGCCCUCUCCCUGCGCGCCAGGUCCCAGUAAUCAGAGUCGUCAUCAUUUGGAGUACAGAGCCAUCAUGCAGGAGAUGUCACCUACAGCAUUUGGUCUGACAGACUGGGAGGAUGAUGAGAUCCUGGCAUCAGUGCUGGCCGUCUCUCAGCAGGAGUACCUGGACAGCAUCAAACACCAGAGUGCCGCAAUGCACCGAGAGAGAGAGCCGUCACCUGACAGCAGCUGAUAACCAGCCGACAAACGACACACAAACACACACACCGACACAACCAUGACCUUUGACCCCUGCCCUCCACCAUCCUGACCCCUCCACCCCCUCACCUCUGACCCACAGAAGGAGAUCGACCAGGGAAAAAAUAAAACAUCAAAGAAAUGCACACUUGUUUUUUUUUUUUUUUUUUUUUUUUUCAA